AUGCGCGGACCGGGCAUGGGCGGGUUCCGCGACCCCGCUCCGCGCGCCAUGGGUGCGCCAGGAGGGGGCAUGAGCGGAGCGUCGAGGGACGAGGACCUCCAGGGGGCGCCACUGCGGGACGGCGGGGGGGUCCGCGGCGGAGGGAGCUACCGGGAGCCGGGCGCCGCGGGGUUGGGCAUGGGCAUGAGAGACUCGGCGCCGCCAGGGUACCGCGAGAUGGGCGGCGCAGGUGCGCUCCGCGACAGGGAGAUGGAUGGCGCCACGAUGACCGCCAGCGGCAGCGGCGGAAGCCUGAACCGAUUGGCAGGCAACGGUAGUGGGGGAAACCUGAUUCGUUUAUCGAACGACUCUGUAGCGGGGAUGAUGACGUCAACAUCGUCCCCGCCUCGGUACCGCCCCAAUGCAGCAGCCGGCGGGCCGCCGUUCUUCGGGUCGCCGCCACUGGGGGACCCGAUGGCCUUGGGGGGGGGCAUGGGGGGACCAAUGGGGGGUACCAUGGGGGGGCCGAUGGCGGCGCGGUCGAAGCGGCGCGGCGGCAGCGCGCGGUACUACCACGUGGCGGCGGCGCUGCGGCAGAACCUGCCGUACCUGGUGAUCGCGGCGCUGCUGCUAGUCAUCGUGCUCAUGCGCGCCCCCGCCCCCGCCCCCCCGCCUGGUGGCCUCGCCACCGCCGCCGCUGCAGCAGGCGGGGCGGAGCGCGCAGCGGCAGCAACAGGGGGGGCGGCGGGGGGGAUGCAGGCGGGGAACGGCGCGGGGAUGGGAGGGGGAGCCGCCGGGGCGGCGGGGGCAGGCGGGGACGGAAGAGGAGGGGCAGGGGGAGGUGGGGCGAAAGCGGGGGAGGCGGCGGGCAGGCAGAUCCUGCAAGGAGCGGGGCGGGCGACGGGAGCAGUGGCGGUGCCUGGCACAGCGGCGGCAGGGAAGGGCGCGAGUGGAGCAGCAGGGGGGGCGGUGGGCGGGCUGCUGUCCAUGGGGCUGAGCCGGUUUGGGCUGGGCGGCGGGCAGAAGAAGAACCUGAUCAGCAUCCUCAAGGCGAACCCCGACGCCGUGGAGGCGCGCGAGGCCACGCGCAACUACCGCUUCCGCGAGCACGCGCCCGUGUACGGGCUGGUGCACUUCGCCAGCUACCGCAUGAACGCCGUGAAGUUCGCCAUCGUGGGGCUGGCUGGGCGCGCCCUGCGCGACUCGCGCAAGCUGGGCAAGUGCGUGUGGAAGGAGAAGAACGGCGGGCACCGCGUCACCGGCACUCUCACAGGUGAGGCACUCUCACAGGUGAGGCAUUCUCACAGGCACUUUGUGCAUGUCUAUGUUGAUCGCGUGACGCAUGAUUCAUGUUGGGCAACUACCGUGCUGCCUCCUGCCUUUGUUGCACCCGUCCCACCACACACGCCCUGCAUGCCGUCCCACCAUACCACACACGCCCUGCAUGCUGUCCCCCUGCGUGCAGCGUUCUACCCGGGCGAGCACCACAACCUGCGGUACGAGGCGGUGGUGCUGGUGUGCGAGCUGGACGAGUCCACGGAGGCGGACUACGGCGGGCUGCUGCUCGCCACCGUCGACAGGGAGGACGUCGUGGCGUACAUGGAGGAGCCCAAGCAGUUCCCCUCCGCCACGCCCAAGCCGCCCUUCAAGUACCAGCUCACGUACUGCUCGCCGCCCCUGGCGGGCAAGAUCAUCCCGCGGCGCAUGUACGAGUGGAUGGAGUUCCACCUGCACAGCGGCGUGGACCGCCUCGUGCUGUACGACGCGGGCGGCAUCGGGGCGGCGCUGAUGACGAUGCUGGAGAGCUACACGGAGCAGGGGCUGGUGGAGGUGGUGGACGUGCGGCAGAUCACGGCGUACGAGGCGUGGGAGCGCGGCCGCCUCAUGGUGCUCAACGACUGCGUGCAGCGCCACCGCUUCUCGUCCAAGUGGGUCUUCUUCGCCGAGAUGACCGAGUUCUUCUCCGCCGCCAAGGGCGAGACGCUGCUCGCCACCGUCAACGCCUACGACGGCCGCCCCUACGUCACGUUUGGCAGCCGGUGGUGGUCGUUUGAGAAGUGCACCUUCUCGUCACUCACCGAGCGCAUCGUGGUGCGCGGCGCCGCCAUGAUCGAGGGGCAGAACUCGGGCGACGAGGCGCGCGACGUGGGGGGGAUAGCGGAGGGCGGUGCGGGGGAGGGCGGUGUGCAGGUGACGGAGGGGGCGGAGAAGGCGGCGGUGGAGCAGCCGUGGGCGCUGGAGCGCAUGCUGUUCCGGUGGCCGCACAUCUACUGCACCAACAAGGAGGCGUACCCGCGCUGGGAGCUGUGCCUGGACUACCACGGGUUCCGGCGCGUGGCAGCAGACCCACGGCAGGUGGUGGCGGUGCAGAUCCACCGCGUGGAGGUGCCGCGCAUGGGCGGCAUCGACGUGGACACGGACGCGGCGCGCUUCAACCACUUCCAGGGGCUGGUGGACGACGAGCGCAAGUUCUGCAUCAAGAGCGUGCGCCCCGGCGAGCAGCUCGACUGGUGGGUGCGCGACCAGUCCCUCGCCCUGCUCGCCCAGGAGGCCAGGCAGUCGCCCCGCGCCAAGUUCAAGACACGCGGGGGGUGA